CAGCGGCACUAGCCUGUGUCUCUUUCACUCUGUACAGUUAGUGAGAGCUGCAGAGUUAGUAUGAGAGCUGCAGAGUUAGUGCGAGAGCUGCAGAGUUAGUGCGAGAGUGGCACAAGUUAGUGUGAGAGCUGCACAGUUAGUGUGAGAGUUGCCCAGUUAGUGUGAGAGUUGCACAGUUAGUGUGAGAGCUGCACAGUUAGUGUGAGAGCGGCGCAGUUAGUGUGAGAGCGGCACAAGCCUGGGGAAAACAUGGCUCAGAACUUUGUGAAGAGCAAACUGAAAACCUCCAAGGUGACCAUGUUCGAGAAGCCCACGUGUGCCUUCUGCAUUAGGGCCAAGGGGAUUUUAAAGAAAUACAAGUUUAAGGCUGGACACCUGGAAAUCAUUGACAUCUACAAGUUGGAUUUCAUUUCCAGCCUCCAACAGUAUUUUAUGGAGACAACAGGAGAGCGUACGGUGCCCCGUAUUUACAUUGAAGAAAAAUGCAUUGGUGGAUGUUCUGACUUGGUCCCUCUGGAGAACAGUGGAGAGCUGGAAAAAGCGCUGCAGUCUAUUGGUGCAUUGCGUGAUUAAACUAAUUUUGUUGAAAAAAAAUGUCUCUUCAUGAAGGCGGUACAGCCAGAGAAGAAUGCCGCAGUUCAUGCGCCAAUUGCUGAGCUGCUGCUACUUUUUGCAUUUAUAACACAAUACGAUUUCUAUUUGUUCUUAUUGCUAUUUUCAUCGUUUUUUACGCUUAUUACAUUACCCAAUAAAAUUAUGCUAGACAGCAAUAUUAACCUAA